AUGGAUGCUCUCAGGACCAGAUACUGGUUGCUGAAGCAACUUCAAGAAGAAUGCCUUAUCGAAAUUAAUGUUAGAGAUAUCCUGGAGAACUUCCAGCAGAAUGAUCAGGGCCUCCCAACAGAGGAGAUCUCCCAGCCAGAGAUUAUGGAAGGAAGCCUUACCCAGAGGUUCGCAAUCUUGUUAAUUAUUGGAAACAUUUUUCAAGGCGUCAUAUCUUCUGGGAACAUCAUGAUAGACAUGCCACCAGUCGUCUCAGUUUUUGAAGGUGAAGACGUAGAAUUAGAAUGCAAGGCUCGGUAUGCCAAUGGUACAUUGAUUCCAUCCUGUGAUGGGCUACAUGGCAUUAUACUGAAAUGGACGUUAGUAAAUAGGGUGGAAAACAUGUCAGAUGGAGUAACAGCUAGAUGUGGUGGAGUGGCAUCGUUCAAGAACAAGACUGUGGAAGUUAAUCCAGACAAUGGCAAUCUAAUAAUAUUGAAUAUAGGCCUUGGAGAUGAUGCCGUGGUUAAGUGUGAAGUUUAUGGACAUAACUUCAGAAAUAAUAAUGAAACAAGAGUCGAAGUAAAAAAGGCUAAUUUUGGUGUUGAGGCAGAAAACAUUCUUACUCCUGGAGAAGGGGGGGACGUUUCAUUGUCGUGCUCUGUGGUCGACAGCGGCACAACUGAUCAAAGAAGUUUCACCUUUGUUUGGUCACUCAACAACACCGUCCUGCAGUCUUGCGAUACAUCGGGUGAGGUCCAUUAUUCCGUCGGCCAGACGGGAAAGUACGCGCUUCAUCACGGCAAGACAAGCUGUAAUAUUACGAUUCUAAACUUGAACUUGAAGGACGAAGGAAGAUACCAAUGUGACGUUCAUGACGCCUUCUACAACCAGUCCAACUACAAUUCUACAACAAUCGUCAUUCCAUAUCAGCCGGCAUCGAUCACAACAUUGCCAGCAACAACAGACUUGAAUGAAAGUGUGGAAUCAACGGUAACGGUUACAAGCAGUUUGACACUGAAAACGGGACAAGGGUCUGGAGCUACUCCGUUGGAUACCAUUGCUCGGAAAGACAUUGUUUUGAUCACAGCGGUGUUGUCAUCCGGGUUCCUGAUUGCAAUAAGCCUGCUGGUUGUCGCAUCGAGGCUUCGUAAAGACCGUCAUUCUGCUGUCCAGAUCAACCAAACCAAUGAUGCGAACAGAGCUACUGUGACCUUCAGACAAGCUCCUUCACCAGGAAGCAUUCGAAUUGGACCCAAUCUGUUAAGCAGAUUUGAAGUCCAAGAUGCAGAAACGGCUUACGAAGAAGUCAGGGAGAUUGGCGACCAUGCAUCCUCGACAGCCGAUAAUCGCAACGUCAUAGCCCAUACAUAUGCUGAGACUAGACUGUCUUUGGCUGAAAGGGAAGAUGAAGCCCCAAGCCAUCCCCCACCGCCUCGUGGGAUUUUUAACCAACCACCUCAUUGGAUGUGGCAAUGAGCACUACGUCAGAGGCCCUUUUCGAAACCACGGCUUCGGCUUUGGAUUCGGCUCGUGUUAGCUUGGCCCUGCUUUGAUAAUAUUGUGCAUGCUUGAGUAUGCGCUCAGGGCUUCAGACGAGCCUAAGCAGAUUUUAAGAUUUCGAGACCUCAGAUUUAGAAUUUUGAGGUCUCGAAAUCAACCAUCUAAACGCACACAGCUUCGUGUGACAAGGGUUGGUUCUGUAAGAACGCACCAAGUUCAUUCAAACGCCAAAACCGAAAGCGUCAGGAAACUAAUAUUUGGGAUCUGUUCGUUUGGUAAGAUGAUGUAUUACUUUAAUUUGUUUUAGAAGAAGAUCUGCGAACCCAUGAAUGAAAAUGGUGCAUUCUUACAGAACCAACCACAGUUUUUGGGUGGCUUUCAUUUCCAGCCACAAAAUAGCAAUUUAAUUACUGAUCUGAAAAGCUUACAACAAAAUUACUUAAACUACGAGGUGGCGAUACAACAGAAAAUUAUGCAUUGAAAGUUCUACUAAAAAUGCAAGUAUAAAAACAGAAUAUUGUGGGACAAACUAAAUGUAGAGAAGCUGUGGCUGGUACAGAACUAAUAUUAAAUGCAAUGGCCAUGCUGAAACUUUAGAAAUACCCUCUAAAUAAUCAAGAAAACUUACAUGAAAUCGGAACUAGCAUACAGUGCACCGAUACAAUCAUCAACCGAGUAUGCCAAGCCUCAGCCCUCCACACACAAGAUGUUGCCUGGCUACACCCAAAAAGCCAACUCAACCCAGUCUUGUGUUCUCUGACCAGGGUUGUGAAAUUAAAUACUAAAGGAAUGUCAUUCAUGAACAAGAAUGUACUAAAUAGUCAAUACAAAUGUCAAUCGGGUAUCUGAACAAAAGGAACUGGUUCAGUGGAUUUAAUACCAACAAAGUAUAUACAUGGGAUGCAUUAAUGUGUUGAUAAAGGAACACAAAUUGAAAAGAAACAAGCUGUCAAUCUCAACAGUUUUACACCUGGACUAGUCCACACAUGGAUUUUAUAAUAGUCUACCUGAUAGACAACACAUUACUGCCUGAAAUAGCGCCCUCUUGCGGAUUAAUGAGAAAGAAUGUACUAAAUACUCGUUACAAUUGUCAUAUUGGUAUCUGAACAAAAGGAACUGUUUCAGUGGGUUUUACCAACAAAGUAUACCGGGGAUGCAUUAUUGUGUUGAUAAAGGAGCACACAUUGAAAAGAAACAAGCUGUCAAUCUCAACAGUCACUGACCAGGACUAGUCCACAUCCUCCACAUGGAUUUUAUAAUAGUCUACCUGAUAGCCAACACAUUACUGCCUGAAAUAGCGCCCUCUUGCGGAUUAACCUCCGUCAUUAUUAUUGGCCUACGAUCACAGUCAGGGCCCAAUUUCAUAGAGCUGCUUAAGCACAACAUUUUGCUUAAGCAAAAAAUUCAUUGCUUAGU